AUGGACGACCGGUCCCCGUCCGGGAGAGCGCCCGGCUGCGGUUCCCUCCGCUGCGGGCUGGCCCUCCUCCUGCACUUCUGCAACGUGUCCAUGAUGUCCCAGCGCGCCUGUCUCAGCCUCACCAUGGUCGCCAUGGUGAACGGCACGGGCCCCCAGGGUCCGCCCAACACCUCCACCCCGGAGCCCCUGGACGACAUCAAGAACCCCGUGUACAACUGGAGCCCCCAAACCCAGGGCGUCAUCUUGAGCUCCGUCACCUACGGGAUGCUCCUCACCCAGGUGCCCGUCGGGUAUCUGUCCGGGAUCUACCCCGUGAAGAACAUGGUCGGCUCCGCCUUGCUGCUCAGCUCCCUGCUCAGCCUGCUCAUGCCGCUGGCGGCCGGGGCGGGGGAGUCGGCGGUCAUCGCCUGCCGCGUGGCCCAGGGCCUCAGCCAGGGGACGAUGCUGGUGGCUCAGCACACCGUCUGGACCAAGUGGGCGCCUCCGUCGGAACGAGGCCGACUGACCUCUCUGAGUCUGUCAGGGCUGAUGCUGGGACCCUCCCUGGCCCUGUGUGUGACUGGGCUCAUCUGUCAGUCCCUGGGCUGGCCCAUGGUCUUCUACAUCUUCGGGGCCGGCGGCUGCGCCCUGAGCCUCUGCUGGUUCCUUCUGUUUCACGACGACCCCAAGGGCCACCCGUGCAUCAGCCCCGGGGAGAAGGAGCUCAUCGCGUCCUCCCUCGUCGAGCAGGUGGGCUCCGCGGGAAAAUCCGUGCCCAUCCGGGCCGUGCUCAAGUCUCUGCCCGUCUGGGCCAUUUCCCUCGGCUGUUUUGCUUUCUCCUGGACAAAUCACGUCAUGUUUUUGUACUUGCCAACAUUCAUCAGCUCCAAGCUCCACGUUAACGUGAGAGAGAACGGGCUGCUGUCCGCCCUCCCCCAUCUGUGCUGCUGGCUCCUGGGCAUCCUCGCGGGGCACGUGUCCGACGGCUUCCUGUCCAGGAAGAUGCUCAGCUUGCUCACCGUCCGAAAGCUCUUCACCGCGCUGGGCCUCCUCCUGCCCGCCGUCUUCGUGGUGGGCCUGCUCUACCUGGGCCCCGGCUUUCACGGCACCGUCACGUGCCUCACGCUGGCCAGCGCCACACUGGGCUUCUGCGUCAGCGGGAUAGUGAUCAACCCCCUGGACAUCGCCCCCAGAUACUACGGGUUUCUGAAAGGAGUCACGGUUCUCAUCGGAAUGACGGGGGGACUCAUUUCGUCCACUCUGGCGGGGAUAAUCCUCAAUCAGGACCCGGAGGCCGCCUGGUCCACCAUCUUCCUCCUCAUGGCGGCUGUCAACGUGAGCAGCCUCCUCUUCUACCUGGUCUUCGCCGCGGCCGACGUGCAGGCCUGGGCCCAGGAGAAGCAGCUCACCCGCCUCUGA